UCAAUAUGUCUCCUCUCUGUCAGGGCGUGUGUGGGGGCAAGGGACCCGUACUGUGGCUGGGACCUGGUGUUGAGGAAGUGCACCACUCUGGAAGAGAGCGUCAGCAUGAGCCAAUGGGAACAGAGCAUCACUAAGUGCCCAGUGAGUACCCAGAAUGCACUGUACCAGACACACACACACACACACACACACAGUCACACUAAGGGAAAUGAAUUCUCUCCCCACCAAAGCUUCAAUCAAUCUCCUCUGUCUUCGCGAUCAUUAGCUAAUUCGCAGCAGUUCGCCCAUUCAUUCUGCCCACUCCCAAUUCCGGGGGAUUGAUUUCACUGCGACCCCGCUUAAUGAAACGGUAAUUGACGUUUGUCUGACAGACAUCCAUUCUGGGGCGGUGACCAAUGGCAGUGUUGAGUGCUGUCCUAGUCUUGUACAGUAUGUGGUUUCAUGUUCAACAGGUUAUUUGGCACUACUAGACAGCCCACUGCAUUUGUUGGCAAACACCCAUACACACGCACACACACACAGACACACACAAACACACACACGCACACACACGCACACACACACACACACCAAAACAUUACUCAUCCAGUCUCUUUAAAGUUCACCGACAGACCUAAGGGGCACUCUCUACUGAUCUACACUAGCUGUCUCGUUCUGAUUACAUCAUAGUCAACUAAAAGACAGUGUAAACACAGACACUAUUACAGGUGUCGUCGCUUGUACUCUGGCUCUGGUUACCGCCUUUUAUUUGCUCAGACACAACUGCCAAAGACAAGUGGGGAACGUGUAUUUGCUUAUGUAACCUUUAUAUAGCCAACUAAAUCAAACUAGAAUAAAUUAUGUUCCAAUAACGACUUGCUAGCCAGCGGAACAAUGGAGUCCUGUGUUGCCCAGACAAACUGUGAUCCAUUUGGUUAUUAUUGUAGGACUUCCAUGGCCAUGGCUAUUAAAACAGACUGACGACUGGCAGUCCAAAUACACGUAACAGUUGGACAGGACUGGAAUAUUGGGGACAAAAUGACUGUGAAGUCAAUGACGCUUUUGUGAAGCUGCGUAGAUUUAUUUCCCAUACAUUACUCUAAUCGGCUUUUGUGAUUAACAUGGUUUUCCUCACCAUGGAACUGAACUUUCAGAGAACAUAGAGGAGAGAUUAAGUCAUAUUUGACAUGUUUUUGCGGUUAAGAUUUGGAUAGGAUAUUUUUCCAAGGUGUAAUGUGUACCUCAGUGAGUUGCUAGAAAGGAGACAGCUUUACCAACCUAUUCACAAAACCAUCUGGUGCUUGGGACUGGACUCCCUGUGGAAAUAAACAAUACAGAAAGAAAAGUGUGUUUUUAGUGAUGUAAAAUACAUCUUAGUCACGAUGUUCACCGAAUGUCUCUUUUAGGCAUUGAAAGUACGAAUGGAACUGAAAUAAAAUGGAAGCAUCCUAUUCACCUUGUAUUUUUAACUAACUGAAACUGAAAAUGAAUGGAAGCAUUCUAAUCCUUCCCCCUCCACAGCACAUUUCAAACCCAAUAAUAAAACAAUGCACUUCAUCUAAUGAGUGAGAAACAAUAGAGAAGUCUGCUGAUACAAUUCCACUGAGGCCGUGAAAUUAGAAAUGAUUAUUGAUGUGAUGUUUCCUAGUGUAUAUGAAAUACAAAACAAUUUUUUUCACAAACAAUUGUUUUAUCUAGCUCCCCUUGCCACGCCAGCAAAAUAUUACUAUUUUGUCCAUUCCUCUAUUCUAACCCACACACUUCUUUAUCUGUCUUACAAUAAUAGGGGGAUGUUAAUAUCUUCUAAAAAAAAGUAUUUGAUCCCCUGCUGAUUUUGUACGUUUGCCCACUGACAAAGAAAUGAUCAGUCUAUAAUUUUAAUGGUAGGUUUAUUUGAACAGUGAGAGACAGAAUAACAACAAAAAAAUCCAGAAAAACGCAUGUCAAAAAUGUUCUAAAUUGAUUUGCAUUUUAAUGAGGGAAAUAAGGAUUUUACCCCCUCUCAAUCAGAAAGAUUUCUGGCUCCCAGGUGUCUUUUAUACAGGUAACGAGCUGAGAUUAGGAGCACACUCUUAAAGGGAGUGCUCCUAAUCUCAGUUUGUUACCUGUAUAAAAGACACCUGUCCACAGAAGCAAUCAAUCAAUCAGAUUCCAAACUCUCCACCAUGGCCAAGACCAAAGAGCUCUCCAAGGAUGUCAGGAACAAGAUUGUAGACCUGCACAAGGCUGGAAUAGGAUACAAGACCAUCGCCAAGCAGCUAUGUGAGAAGGUGACAACAGUUGGUGCGAUUAUUCGCAAAUGGAAUAAACACAAAAUAACUGUCAAUCUCCGUCGGCCUGGGGCUCCAUGCAAGAUCUCACCUCGUGGAGUUGCAAUGAUCAUGAGAACGGUGAGGAAUCAGCCCAGAACUACACGGGAGGAUCUUGUCAAUGAUCUCAAGGCAGCUGGGACCAUAGUCACCAAGAAAACAAUUGGUAACACACUACGCAGUGAAGGACUGAAAUCCUGCAGCGCCCGCAAGGUCCCCCUGCUCAAGAAAGCACAUAUACAGGGCCGUCUGAAGUUUGGCAAUGAACAUCUGAAUGAUUCAGAGGAGAACUGGGUGAAAGUGUUGUGGUCAGAUGAGACCAAAAUCGAGCUCUUUGGCAUCAACUCAACUUGCCGUGUUUGGAGGAGGAGGAAUGCUGCCUAUGACCCCAAGAACACCAUCCCCACCGUCAAACAUGGAGGUGGAAACAUUAUGCUUUGGGGGUGUUUUUCUGCUAAGGGGACAGGACAACUUCACCGCAUCAAAGGGACGAUGGACGGGCCAUGUACCGUCAAAUCUUGGGUGAGAACCUCCUUCCCUCAGCCAGGGCAUUGAAAAUGGGUUGUGGAUGGGUAUUCCAGCAUGACAAUGACCCAAAACACACGGCCAAGGCAACAAAGGAGUGGCUCAAGAAGAAGCACAUUAAGGUCCUGGAGUGGCCUAGCCAGUCUCCAGACCUUAAUCCCAUAGAAAAUCUGUGGAGGGAGCUGAAGGUUUGAGUUGCCAAACGUCAGCCUCGAAACCUUAAUGACUUGGAGAAGAUCUGCAAAGAGGAGUGGGACAAAAUCCCUCCUGAGAUGUGUGCAAACCUGGUGGCCAACUACAAGAAACGUCUGACCUCUGUGAUUGCCAGCAAGGGUUUUGCCACCAAGUACUAAGUCAUGUUUUGCAGAGUGGUCAAAUAUUUAUUUCCCUCAUUAAAAUGCAAAUCAAUUUAUAACAUUUUUGACAUGCGUUUUUCUAGAUUUUUUUGUUGUUAUUCUGUCUCUCACUGUUCAAAUAAACCUACUAUUAAAAUUAUAGACUGAUCAUGUCUUUGUCAGUGGGCAAACGUACAAAAUCAGCAGGGGAUCAAAUACUUUUUUUCCCUCCCUCACUCUAGCUCUCUCUCUCUCUCUCUCUUUCUUCCUCUCUGCUCUCUCUCUCUCUCUUUCUUCCUCUCUGCUCUCUCUCUCUCUGCUCCCCAUCUCUCUCUGCAUCAUUUCUCUCCAUUCACGAAAAUAUGUUUCUCUCAUUGCGAUGUCUUCCAAUUUAGACCUUCGAGUGGGUUCAGUUACCAAUAAGAGAAGGGCAGACGCUAUUUCAGUUCCUGCCAAAGCAGUGACACAUCAAGCCUUCUUUCUCCUGUUGUUAAAAUGCUCUUUGCAUUUUUUAAAUUCGCCGGAAAUGUAACCAACGUGGCUCAUAUCACCUGUGGUUUUGAAUCUCACAUCAUUGCUUUCCAGUUAGCCCGUACGGCCGGGCAGUCAUUUGUAAUACAUUGCUAUCGAAAUUCUGCACCGUUUUCUGUUUUUUACAAAUGGACAUUCUCACCUGCGUGUACUGUAUAUGAGUAACUAUGUGUGUGUAUGUGAAUGUGAAUAGUUUUUUUCUCUCUCAUCAUUCAGAAUUCAUUUCCCAGCUGAAGAAUGUGUUUUGUCCCUUGUGGAUCUAUACUUUAAAAAAAUCAUACUACCUUUUUAUUUAUAUAUCUCCUUAUUUGGAUCUCAGGGUGUCCAUAUCUACAUAUCUCUAGUGACUACACUAUUAUGUAUUACCCUUGUGGAUAUACCGUACAUGAAUACAUGUUUUAGUCAAACUUCCUGUUUAUGAAUAGUUAUCUCUCCCUCCAUCCGCCUCAACUUCCUCUCCCCUAUUCCAACUCCCUCCCUGUAUUCCAUCUCUCUCGACCUCUCUCCCCCUAUAUCCUUCUUUCUUUUCUGUUUACCUCCAUCAUAGUUCUAAGUAUUUUCUUCCUCCUCCCUGUAUUUUCCCCAGGUGCGUAACGUGACGGUGGAUGGAGGGUUUGGGCCGUGGUCAGGCUGGGGGGGCUGUAGUAAUACUGAUGGGGGCAGUGCUGGGUCCUGUCUGUGUCGGACCAGGGCGUGUGAAAACCCCACACCCCAGUGUGGGGGUCAGUCCUGUCACGGACUAAACGCGGAGGUGGCCAACUGCUCCAGGUAUAUUACUGUCUGACUGUCUGUUGUUCUGUCUGUCUUUCCAUUUGUAUUUGUCAAUCUGCCCUUUUCUCACAAAGACACUACAAGCUUACAGUUCAUGUUUUGGAUAAUACAUGAAAUAGAGUAUAUAUUUCAUUCGACAACAAAAAUAUUUACUCAAUAGCAAGCAUUCUACCUUUCUCCACUGCCUCUCCUUUGUGUGUGUGUGUAACCCUGUGGUCUGUGAUUCUCUAUAGGAAUGGAGCAUUGACCCCCUGGACUCUGUGGGCUCCCUGCAGCACCAGCUGUGGCAUUGGCUUCCAGGUCCGCCAGAGGUCCUGCAGCAACCCCACCCCGCGCCAUGGAGGACGAGUGUGUGUGGGGCAGAACCGAGAGGAGAGGUACGGAACACACACACACACACACACACACACACACACGUACAUUCAUACACAUGUACUCACACACACAGCCAUAAAUCCACACCAGAUUUCCUCACACAGUCCCCCUGUUGGUGUGAGUGUCACAGAAGUCUUGAGUCCUUCCUCCAAUCAGUCAUACAUUCUAAUGUAA